AAAAUUACUCGAGAGUCUAGUAUAGGAGUGCUGGGCGGGAAAAUGAAGCGUCUCACGAGUAUCGAGGGGGAAAAAAGUGAAUUUUGAAGCCAGCUUCGUUCGCUUAUUUUGCUCUCUUCACUGUGUCGCAACUCUUUCAUCCUAACUAGCAGCUAUUCAUUAAAACCCUACAAAUUCAAAAAAGCAGAAUCCCCAAAAUGGUGGUUGCCGAGCUUUCCGAUCACAACAAUGACUGCACGGAAGUGGUGGUCCCAAGACGUUGCAGUGCUAGAAUCAAGACUUUGCAGAGUCAACAGGAAGCUCAGCGAACACGGUGCCGCUCCAACGACGACCCAGCUCUUGAGAAGAAAGCAAAGGCUCAUAAGGCGAGAAAGGCGGAUACUCCCGCUAUGACACCACAAGCUAUUGAUAAUGACAUCACGGGGACCAAUCCGCCAAAUGACUGCACCUACGAUAAUCAUCAUCCUGUUGCUGAAGCCUCCCAGAGUCAGAGUCCCCAUCUUAACGGGGACGGGACUGAGAAAAGUGCGCAUCUAAGGGUAACAGAGACUGUUCGGAGAUUUAACAAGCAUUAUCUCCAUCUCGUUCAGGAAGAGGAGAUAAGGUGUAGAAGAGUUCAAGAUGAACAGAAAACAAAGAAGCAUUCAAAAUCUAAGGAAGCUGAAGAUGAUGGUAAACGCAGUUCCAAGCGCCCUGAUCUAAAAGCGAUUUCUAAGAUGAUAUUGGCAAAGGAGGUUUUGAAUUCUGAGAAAAUUGGCUCCAUUCCAGGCAUUGAUGUUGGUCAUCAAUUCUUUUCGCGUGCGGAGAUGGUCGUUGUUGGAUUCCAUAACCAUUGGCUAAACGGCAUUGAUUAUGUUGGCCAAACUGCUGGGAAAAAAGGGGAGUACAGAGGCUACAGAUUGCCCCUUGCUGUAUCUAUUGUCCUAUCAGGACAGUAUGAGGACGACCAGGACAACUAUGAAGAGGUUGUCUAUACUGGUCAAGGUGGAAAUGAUCUACUUGGUAACAAGCGCCAAAUAAAGGAUCAAGUCAUGGAACGGGGUAAUCUAGGGCUCAAGAAUUGUAUGGAGCAAUCUGUCCCUGUUAGGGUUACACGUGGACAUCGGUGUGUGAAUAGUUACGUUGGAAAGGUUUACACCUAUGACGGCUUGUAUAGGGUUGUAAAUUACUGGGCAGAGAAGGGUAUUUCUGGAUUCACCGUUUUUAAAUACCGAUUAAAGCGUAUCGAGGGACAACCUGUGUUAACCACCAACCAGGUACAUUUUACUCGAGGCUGUAUUCCCAAUUCUAUUUCUGAAAUACGAGGGUUGGUAUGUGAGGACAUUUCUGGUGGACUGGAGGAUAUUCCUAUUCCCGCAACCAAUUUAGUUGAUGAUCCACCUGUAGCACCGACAGGUUUCACUUAUAGCAAGCAUAUUAUAUGCGCCAAAGGUAUAAAGCUCCCUUCAGCUUCCACAGGAUGCAAGUGUCGUGGUUCAUGUCUUGAUCCAAGAGUUUGUUCUUGCGCUAAACUCAAUGGUUCUGAUUUUCCCUAUGUUCACAAAGAUGGUGGAAGACUUAUUGAGCCAAAGGCUGUUGUUUUUGAAUGUGGUCCAAAUUGUGGAUGUGGACCUGCCUGUGUCAACCGCACUUCUCAGAAAGGAUUGAGAUAUCGGCUUGAGGUUUUUCGUACUCCAAACAAGGGCUGGGGUGUGAGAUCAUGGGAUUAUAUACCUUCUGGAGCAACCAUUUGUGAAUACAUUGGUUUUCUAAUGAAGACAGAUCAUAUUGACCCUGCAGCAGAAAACAACUAUGUUUUUGACAUUGAUUGCUUGCAAACAAUGAAAGGGCUGGAUGGGAGGGAGAGACGGUUGGGUGAGGUUUCUUUGCCAGGAUAUUGGCAGAAGGAUGUUGAGAAGACUUCAGAUGGAGGGCCAGAGUAUUGCAUUGAUGCAGUCUCUGUUGGCAAUGUUGCGAGGUUUAUUAAUCAUAGUUGUCAACCUAAUUUAUUUGUUCAAUGUGUGUUAAGCUCCCAUCACGACAUUGGCUUGGCAAGAGUGGUGCUAAUGGCAGCUGACAACAUACCACCUCUGCAGGAACUCACAUAUGAUUAUGGCUAUGUGCUGGAUAGUGUUAUGGAUCGUGAUGGCAAGGUUAGACAAAUGGCUUGCCACUGCGGUGCUGCUGAUUGUCGUAGGCGUCUGUAUUAAUGGGAUUUAUAACCAUUCUUUAGGUGUUACCUGUAGCAUACAUUACACAUUUUUUGGGAAUUUAUAUGUUGAUUUCUCAUCAUCUGCUCUUCUGCGAAGUGGUUACCGAAUGCUGCUGGGAAUUUGCCCUAGUGUGCAUCUCCCUGUCCAAAUGAGAAAAGGAACUUGUUCUUUUGAUUUCCCACUCAUUGUGAACGUGCAUGCUCUUGUUAAGUAUAUAUUACCAAGUUCCUGUGACUGUCUUUAAGUAACGUGAGAUUAAAUUA